AUGCCUGAAAGCGUUUUCGCAAAGCUGUCGGACGACGUCGUACUCAACAUUCUCCACAAGCUCGACGACGAUCCGCGGAACUGGGCCCGGGUCGCCUGCGUCUCCACCAAAUUCUCCUCCCUCAUCCGAACCAUCUGCUGCAAGGCCAAAUGCUCGCGGUCGAUCCCCGCCGUCGUCUCCGAUCUGCUCUCCCCGGCGGAGCUGCCGCCGCCCGACGUAUGGGCAUCCCUGUACAAGCUCUCCGUCUGCUGCCCCGGCCUCGUCAACUCCGGCGUCCUCCUCGAUCACUCGGAUUCCGGGCUCGAGCGCCACAUCGGGCCCGACGAGGAUUACCUGGAUAAAAAAAUUUUCCUGCCGAUUGAGCCCAAAGACGCUCCGUCGUCGAGCCGUAACGACGGCGAGCAGCCGGAGGCCGUAUGGUCCUUAUAUGACGAUUUGCUGUUCGAAACCCUGCACGCCGAUUCCGAAGCUUUGGAACGGGCUGACGAAAAGCCCGAAAUCAAGCCCGAUGUUGGGGAAAUCGGAGAUGGAAAGCCCGAAUUCUCCGCUUGUAAGAAGAGGAAGACUUGCAGACCUCUCAGGUCGCAUCUGGCGCCCGGGAUUUGGAAUCUGAGCCGCGAGCAGGGCAAUAAGCUGCUUGCGGCCCGAUUCAAAGGUGAUUGCCUCUACAUCUGUGAUUGGCCUGGUUGCAUUCACGUCGAGGAGAAGAGGAAUUAUAUGCUGUUCAGGGGGAUUUUCAAGGACUUCAAGCAGUCUAGGGUUUGGAGGACGAUCAACAAUGGGAGCCGGAGCAAGAUUGAUUUGCACUGUGCAUAUUGCUCGUCCAACCAGACGUGGGGUUUGCAUUCCUCGUUUUGUCUGAGGCGGUAUUUUGGGUUUCAUGACGAUGGAGAGCCUGUUGUUCGGGCUUACGUUUGUGAGAAUGGCCAUGUUUCGGGGGCCUGGACCGAUUGGCCUCUCUACACUUGA